GCGCGGUUGACCACUCUCUCACGCAACCCCUCAAGAAUUACAAGAAUGUAAAACAGAGUGUAAUUCGAACUAGUUCGACUGACGUGAUUGAAAUAUGGAUACCCAUGGAAGAGAAGGGUCCACCCGUACUGGGCGGGGCGCUUCAUGUAAAAUCAUGA